UUUUUUUGUUUACGCUUGUUUCUGAAGUACCAAAAGUGCAUUCGGCGAUUUUCACGAUGUCUAAUUUUGUUGAGCAAAGAAGUGCUAUUAAAUUUUGUUUGCGGAAUAAUAUUUCUGCUGCUGAAACGUAUCAAAUGUUGCAAAAGGCCUUCGGUGAAGAGACUAUGUCUCAAAAAAAUGUUUACAAGUGGUACAAAGACUUUAAAGAAGGCCGAGAACGUGUUGAUGACUUGGAACGCUCCGGACGACCAUCAACUUCGAUUGAUGAUUGCCACAUCAACAAAAUCAAAGAAUUGGUGCUUGCAAAUCGUCGGUUAACCAUUCGAGACCUUGUUGACAUGGUUGGAAUAUCAUUUGGGUCAGUGCAAGCGAUUUUGAAAGAUCAUUUGGGCCUCAGAAGACUCAAGUCAUGUUUGGUGCCGAAAUUUCUCAAUUUCUUUGAAAAAGAGCGUCGCGUUAAAACGUGUGAAGCAAUGCUUUCUGACUAUCAUGACGUCUACAAACAAAUUAUUACUGGCGAUGAGACUUGGGUCUACGCAUACAACCCUUAAACAACCGACCAAUCGAGUGAAUACUGUGAAAAAGGCGAGCCGAGACCGAAGCAACCACGUCAAAGUCGUUCAAAAAUCAAGGUCAUGUUGACUCUUUUCUUUGAUUAUUGUGGUGUCGUGCACUACGAAUUCCUUCCAACUGGCCAAACUGUCAACAAGGAAUAUUAUUUAAGCGUUAUGCGACGUUUGCGUGAAGCUAUUCGCAAAAAGAGACUGGAAUUAUGGGCCAAUAACUCUUGGAUUUUGCACCACGAUAAUGCGCCUUCGCACACAGCACUGGUUCUUCGUGAAAUUUUCGCCAAAAACUCUACCCAUGUUGCUCCACAACCACCGUAUUCGCCCAACUUAGCACCGUGUGACUUCUGGCUGUUCCCAAAGCUCAAGAGACCACUCCGGGGAAAUCGUUUUGAGUCCAUUGAAGAGAUCCAACGUGAAUCGGCAAGCACAUUGAAGGCUAUCCCUACCGAGGACUUUUCGGCAUGCUUCGAAGACUGGAAAAAACGUUGGCAAAAGUGCAUUGGGGCCGGGGGGGAUUAUUUUGAGGGGGACGAAACAGAUUUGGAAGAAUAAAUAAAGAUUUUUCAUUUUAUAAAAAAAUUCACCUUACUUUUUGA